GUUGCCGGCGGGCUUAAAAGAAAGAGAAAAAAGGGACCAACAUUGCCCGUCCGUGAGCCUUCAUACCCACACGCUCCUGGCACGCGAGCCGCGUGUACGCCGUACUAGUCGUCCGCGUCUCCAUUCUUUAUGCGGACAUCAGAGAAGGUCCGAGGGCCAAAAGGGACGGCAGAUAAGUCAUCCGCACAGAAUCUUCCAUACACAUGCAUACAGGAUUGGCGUGUUCAACGAUGCAUCGAGCUCGCGAGCUUCGCGCCCAGGCGUGUGUCAGAACUCAGAAGUCUCGGGAGGGGAACGGGAGUUUAAAAUUUCAAAUAUUAUUAUAGCAAACGGUAACAAAAGAAAGCCGAAGGCGAGAGGAGAGAGAAUAUCUCAUGUUUUGGUUCCCUCCGUUUCCCCCAACCCCCUCGCCUUGCUUGCAACGCCGUCUCUCUCUCUCUCUUUCGUUUCGAAUCGCUUCUUGACAUGUUAAAAAAAAAAAUAAAAGGAAAAAUCCGAUCGCCGGAGCUCGAAGGUAUGUAGGGUUUCCAGGGACAGAUCUCGUCGCUGUCUUUCGUUUCUCAGCUGAGGCACUCGUUUUCUGUUGAGCGAUUCCGCGGGGAUCUUUGUUUCGGGUUCUCUGGUAGUGUUCCGGUUCGUAGUCGUAGACGGGAGCAAUGUAUCGAAGUAGCAGAUCGCGAGGCAGGGAGAAGCCCCACCGGCCCGGCGGCGGGGCGAUCGGCGCUUCCGAUCUCAAACCGGUCUCUGCUGACCGUGAAGGGAAUGCUCAAUUGAAAAAACGAUCAAGUGCCUCGAAGUCAGCAUUGGAUUCUUCUUGUCGCAGUGGCUCUUCAAUAGAAGAAACUUCUGUUGCCCUUGAGUUUCGGCGAAGCUCAUCUAAGAAAGCCAAUGGGACACCUAUGAGAAUGCUAAUUGAUGAAGAGGUGUCAAAAGAGAUGGAAACUAGACGUUCCUCACCAAGUGUAAUUGCAAGAUUGAUGGGCCUUGAUACACUGCCUCCUCUGGUGGUCCACAAAAAACAGAAGAAUAUGGGCAGUGGUUUCCAAACACCAUCAUCUGUAGGGUUUCAAGAUAAGUAUGCAUCCUCUGAGGAUCAUUCACAUAGGAGUAACACUGAUGAGCACCUAGAAUUCAAAGAUGUUUUUGAGGUCAUGGAGACAUCAAAGGUUAAGAAUCAGAAGAACAAGCCAGUUCUAAAGGGGAUGCUAAGCUCUAAGCAAAAGGAGGCUGACAUGGACUUGAUAAGGCAGAAAUUCAUGGAAGCAAAGCGUCUCACAACUGAUGAAGUGCUUCAGAAAUCUAAUGAACUAGAUGAUGCAUUGGAAGUCCUAGAUUCCAAUAAGGAUCUUUUUCUGGAAUUUCUUCAAGCACCUGAUUCUUUAUUUACAAUGCAUCUCCAUGAUCUGAAGUGCGCACCACCCUCUUCUCAUGCAAGCCACAUCACGAUUUUAAAAUCAUUGAAAGGUACUACGUAUGAAAGCAGUGAAGUAUACUCUAAAUCAGAGAGAAAUACUGAGAAGUUCACUCAUAUGCAAAAAGAAGCUAACAGUUCUUUGAGGAAACCUGCGACUAGCCUUCGAAGUCACUCCUUCAAAGAUCACAAUGAUUCACUUCCAAAAAAGUUGUCAAAGUCACAUUACGCGGGCAAAGCUGAAGCUCGUGUUCAUCCCACUAGGAUUGUUGUUUUGAAACCAAGCCUUCACAAGAUCCAGAGAAUGGCAGAAGUUGCACCAACCGAAGAGAAUUUUCAGCUAGGCAACAGAAGGUGCAGAGAAUUUCCGUUGUCUGGAAUUCAGAAGUCAUAUAGGAAAGGAAGAUAUCAGCAGAGAUUGUCUGAUAAUGUGGAAAUUUUGGGGCAUAAUGUGAAAGGCUCAAGAGAAAUUGCUCGAGAAAUUGCAAAACAUAUGAAGCGCACUGUAAGUUGCAGUAAUAGAAAAGUGUUCACAUCAGGAAUGAACAUGUAUAACAGGAGUCAAAGUUCAUGUAUUUUGUCAGGCAUGUCCAAGACCAACACCUCUGAGACAUUUCACUGCUCUUGCAGCCACUAUGAUGACUGCAGUAACAUUUUCAGCCCCUCAUCAUUGUAUGCAACUGAAUCAUCAGUGAGCAGGGAGGCUAGAAAACACCUAUCUCAAAGAUGGAAAACGACCCACCAGUUUCAGGAAGCAGGACUUUUUGCUAGAGGCUCAAGCACAUUAGGUGAAAUGCUUGCUUUAUCUGAAAGAGAGGACACUCUGGAUUCAUUAGUUAUUCAGAAAGUUCCAGCUGAAAAGUUGGCUAGAGAUGAGAUACUUGGGACAAGGAGUUGUCCAUUGGGUAUUAGCAGUAAAGAUGGCUGGAAGGAUGGGAAGUCUAGAAACUUGCCAAGAUCCAAGUCUCUUCCAGCUUCAUCCACUGUCUAUGGAAGUCCAAAAAUAAGCAACAGAAAGCGAGUUGGUGGAAACAAUAAUUGUUAUAUGCUCAAGGAUGUACUCAAUAUGGGGCCUGAAGAUUCUUCAGAUGGUAACUUUUGCAGGCAAAGAAGAUCAUUGAUCAGGAGCUCUAAGAAUCACAGUAACAAGCCUCAGUUGCCUGAUUCUAGUGGAGAUGAAAAUAUGCUGCCUGAACAAGACAUUCAUGUGAAUUCAGAACAAUUGAGGAAUAGUAUUCAUGGAACACAUCUUGAUGAAGAGAAGCUUGUACAGCCUGCACACUCUGAUGAUGCAGUUUCUGACAGAAAAUAUCUGAUUGAGAGUUCCAUGCUUCCUGAUUGUAGAGAUGUAAUGCAGCUUUCCAUAAGUCAAGAAGAGCAGGUGCAGCAGCAAAUGAUAUCCACCAUGCUAGCAAAUAAUGAAGUACUUUCUGCUCAUAAUCAGGAUGUUAUAGUCAUAGAGGAAACAUCAACCGAACAUCCUCAAGUAGAUUCCCUCACCUCUCAAUACAGUGCAAUGGAAUCAGGGUCGCCUGUAAGCUCUAAGGAGUGCGAACAGCCAAGUCCAAUUUCUGUUCUAGAGCCUCCAUCUGAAGAAGAAACUUCUAGUUCAGGAUGCUUUGAGAGAAUCAGUGCAGAACUUCAAGAGCUUCGAUUGCAACUUCAACUUCUUAAGCUGGAGUCAGCAGACACCUAUGCAGAGGAACCAGAGGUUCUUGUAUUGAGCGAUGAGGAUACUGGUGCAUGCUGUCACUCACCAGUACUAAAAGGAUUGGUACUUCGAGCAUUUAGGGACAAUGAUGACAGGGACUUCUCAUAUUUACUUGACAUACUUAUUGAAUCUGGUGUUCAGGGAGUUAAUGAGGAUAGAAUCUUUGAUGCAUUCUACUCACCAGAUUCUCCAGUAGGCCCAGAUGUGUUUGACAAGCUGGAAAAGAAGUACAGUGUACUGGUUUUGUGGUCAAGAUCAGAAAGGAAGCUGUUGUUUGAUCUUAUAAAUAUCAUUCUAGUGGAUCUGGUUGCCCCGUGCUUGGAUCUGCACCCAUGGCUGGUCUCAAAGAGGUGUCAGGCCCUGUGGAACCAUGAGGAUCUUGCUGAAGGAGUGUGGCAGAUGGUGGUCAGACAACGGAAAGAGCUGGUCGGCAAUCAGGAGGAGGUGGUCCUGGAGCAGAGGUGGUUGGGUACGGAAGAAGAUGUUGAUAUGAUUGGAAGAGAGAUAGAGAAGAUGUUAAAUGAAGACCUCCUGGAGGAACUGGUUGCUGAUUUCAUCUUUGGGUAGAUCUGCUAUACCUCUGUUGGUACAAGUUGUAGUAGAUGGCAAAGGCAUGGCAUCACUAACUUGGUCACCACCCAUAUAAAGAUCGAAAUGGCUUGGCAGACCUUGAAGAUUGGAACCGAGACUGGGAUCAGCAUGCACCUAUUUCAGAUGUCCUCCAUGAUAUAGAAUUUGUUAGGGCUGUCACAACUCUGUGGCAUAUCCAUCAGUCCAUCUGGUGACUCCAAACUCUACCCAUUGUCCAGGACCACUCUAUCUGCUUGGAAGGCUGGUAUAAAUCAUUAGUCACUGAUCAUCAAGUGCUGUUUAGCCAGCUAUUGUAAUAGACAACUAAAUGAUGAGGUAUCAUCUGCCAUCCAAUCAAGUUGCCUUUGAGCUGAUGUCUAUAUUUGAUUCAUAUUAUAUUGGAGUCCAACUUCUGGUACAAAGUAUUUAUAACAUGAUUAAAUCUUAGAUUACAGU